AUGCUUGCAAAUCUCCAGAUCCGCCCGUGGACAGCUUUCCCAUCAACAACAAGCCAUUCCCCCGUCAUCACCAUCACCACUUUCGCCAUCGUCCAUCAUCUCUGCAACCCUGCUGCUAUCUCAUUUCCCUCAACCUCCAACCAUCAAGCCUACUCCACCUUUAACGCCAUUUCGAGCAGUUCGGAGCUUGGAGAUCGUCCGGCCCUCAAGAUGCCUGGUCUUGUCACUGCGACGGGCGUGCUCGGCUUCCUGGCCGACGAGGAGCCCGAGCUGAAGGUUUUCGCCCUGCAGACUCUCAACGACGACAUUGACACCGUCUGGACCGAAGUCGCAGGCGCACUUGGUCAGAUAGAGACGCUUUACGAAGAUGAUUCCUUCCCCGAGCGCAAGCUAGCUGCCCUUGUUCUCUCAAAGGUCUACUACCAUCUGGGCGCCUACGACGAGAGCAUGUUCUUUGCCCUUGCCGCCGGCGAUCUUUUCAAGCUUGAUAACCCCACCGAAUUCGAGGACACCAUCAUUUCAAAGUGUGUUGACCACUACAUUGCCGCAAAGAACGAGAAUCACAGUGUGCUAUCCCAAAAGGAUAAGGAGGACAAGUCCCUACCCGCUCUGGCGACUGCCUUCAGCGGCAGCAGCGACAACAACGCCUCUGCUCUCAUUUCGCCCACGACCCCCUUCUCGCAGUCGACUCUACCUUCCAAGUCACUACUGUCCCGCGUGUCUACCGACAACACCAUCAUCGAGACAUCCUUUGAACAGCCCAAGAAGCAGCACCGAUCCUCAUCCAUUGCACUCACGCACAACGAACUCGACACCCGGCGCGCCAUUGACAACGUCAUUGAGCGUCUCUACGCCAACUGCAUUAAAGAAGGCCGGUACAAACAGGUAGUGGGCAUCGCAGUAGAGGCCAAGAGGCUGGAUGUUGUCGCCAGGGUCAUCAAGGAGGCAGGUGACGAGCAUGACCGGUCCAAGGGCAAAAACAAGCCCGACGAGGAGUUGCCAGGUUCAGCGGAAGAACUCAUGGACUACUGUCUCAAUAUUUGCUUGGAUGUUGUGCAGGAGCGAGCGUUCCGUGACGAAAUACUCCAGCUCGUUCUGGACAUUCUUUCGAGCAACAAGGUCAAGGAGCCGGAUUAUUUCUCCAUUGCCAAGUGCAUCGUGUAUCUCAACAAGGACGAGCACGCAAAGGAUGUUAUUCAGAAGUUGGUCAGUACCUCUGAGCCCCACGACGUUGCCAUUGCGUACCAAUUCGCCUUUGACCUGUACGACAACGGCACUCAAGAGUUCCUUGGCAAGGUCAAAGCUCAGCUCCCAUCUGGGGAGUCAAAGGGAGACAAGUCGGUUGAAGGCGAAGCUGAGGAUGCCACCGAAUCAACGUCUCUGCUUGACACCAGCAAGGAUGACAGUGCCUCGGAAGAUUCGAGCAGCGACGUGUACAAGAACAUCCGCUCCAUUCUCGACGGCACAAAAACUAUCAAGCUUAACCUCGAAUUCCUUUAUCGCAACAAUCGUACCGACCUCAGCGUUCUCAACAAGGUGCGAGACAGCCUUGAAGGCCGUAACUCCAUCUUUCACACUGCCGUCACCUUCUGCAAUGCCUUCAUGAACCAGGGCACCACGAAUGACAAAUUCUUCCGCGACAACCUCGAGUGGCUAGGUAAGGCCGUCAAUUGGUCCAAGUUCACUGCCACUGCUGCUCUCGGUGUAAUUCAUCGAGGCAACCUUUCGCAAUCUCGGAAACUGCUCGAGCCAUAUCUGCCCAGGGGUACUGGCGGCAUCAGCGGUGGCUCCGUCUACUCUCAGGGUGGAGCGCUCUACGCCUAUGGUCUAAUCCACGCCAACCAUGGCGCCGAUGCGCUGGACUAUCUCAAGACCCAGUUCACCGCCGCCGAAGAAGAAGUCAUUCAACACGGCGGUGCUUUGGGUCUCGGUAUCGCUGGAAUGGCUACCGGCGAUGAAGAGAUUUUUGACAAUCUCAAACAAGUCCUGUUUGCCGACUCGGCCCUCAAUGGUGAGGCGGUUGGCCUGGCCAUGGGACUCAUCAUGCUCGGUACCGGUAAUGUCAGAGCUUUGGAGGACAUGGUCACAUACGCUCAUGAGACAACCCACGAGAAGAGUGUUCGUGGUUUGGCCUUGGGCAUGUCACUGAUUAUGUAUGGUCGCCAGGAAGGCGCCGAUGUCAUGAUUGAGGGUCUGCUGAAUGACCCCGAUCCAACUCUGCGUUACGGUGGUAUCAUGACUGUUGCCAUGGCUUACUGUGGUACUGGCAGCAACAAGGCGAUCCGCAAGCUGUUGCACAUUGCCGUCAGUGAUGUAAAUGACGAUGUGCGCCGCAUUGCCGUCAUGAGCUUGGGCUUCAUUCUCUUCCGCAAGCCAGGCAGCGUGCCUCGCAUGGUUGAGCUCCUCUCCGAAUCGUACAAUCCACAUGUGAGAUAUGGGUCUGCCAUGGCUCUCGGUAUCUCGUGUGCUGGUACUGGUCUCGAUGAGGCAAUUGAUCUUCUGGAGCCCAUGAUGAAGGAUCCCACCGACUUUGUUCGCCAAGGUGCUCUGAUCUCCUUGGCCAUGAUCAUGAUUCAGCAGAACGAGGUCAUGAAUCCCAAGGUCGCCGCUAUUCGCAAAACGCUGAAGAAGGUUGUCGGUGACCGCCAUGAAGACGCCAUGACCAAGUUUGGUGCGGCUAUUGCCUUGGGUAUCAUUGAUGCCGGUGGUCGCAACUGCACCAUCGGCCUACAGACCCAGACUGGCAACCUGAACAUGGCUGGCAUUGUCGGCAUGGCUGUCUUUACCCAGUACUGGUACUGGUUCCCCUUCACCCACUUCCUUUCCCUGGCCUUUAGCCCGACCUCUAUCAUUGCUCUCGACCAUGAUCUUGACCUCGUAGAUGCCAAGUUCCACUGCUCUACCAAACCAAGCCUAUUCGACUACCCACCUGAGCAAGAAGUCAAGGUCGAGGAGGGUCCUGCACUGAUUGCCACUGCUGUUCUCUCCACCACUGCACAGGCAAAGCGUCGUGCUCAAAAGAAGGAACGUGCACAGCGUCGCGAUAGCAUGGAUAUCGAGGCUACGCCCACUGUCACCAAACCCACCACCAGCGGUGACAAGAUGGAUGUGGACGAGCCUAAGAAGGCUGAGGAUGCUAAGAAAGAGGGCGAGGCGGUGGCGGACAAGGAAACCACGCCAUCCACAGAGACCAAGAAGAAGGAUCAGAGAGAGAAGGCAGGAUACGACAUUGACAAUAUGUCUCGUGUGCUUCCAGGACAGCUCAAGUACAUCAGUCCCGUCAAGGGCCGAUACUGGCCCGUCAAGCUUGUCCGGCCUGGACCUCUGCCUACGGGAGGACCCAUUUUGGUGCAUGACAAGCAGCCGGGCGAGAAGAAGGAGCUGAUCGAGGAGAAGCUCAAGAAGGUUUCCACCGAUAAGGCACCCGUCCCUAAUGCAGGCGGCGACGGACGUGGUGGCAGGCGAGACGUCGGCAUACAGGAGUCGCUCCUCAGACAGCUGGGAGUCAACAUCCCUCUUUCUGGCGCUGCUGCCGCAGCAGGUGUUUUGACAGCUGUUGACGAAGAUGGCGAAAAUGAUGAGGAGGCUGAACCCCCGCGCGACUUUGAGUACGAUACGGAGGCUGACCAUGACGAGGAUGAUGACUAG